CACAGUUAGUUGAGUUUGACGAAUGAAGCAGCGAUGAUCGUUAGUGCGUUUAUUCUUGGUUUAAUUUUGGCCGUAAACUGUGCAGCUGGUGCCACGAUUGGCCGCGUGAGACGACAGAGCUUUUCACCGCUUGGAGCAUGUACGGUUUCACAUCAGGAAAUUCAGGAGCUGAUCCAGCUCACCAAGAACAUGCAAACCGCCAUGCAGUCCGUGAUGAUCGACACACGAUCGGGAUUUGACGAGGAGGAAGCGAACCGUGACAGAUGUUACAAGCAACUUGCCACAUUCCGCGGUUCCGUGCAAAGUGUGAUUCGUGACUACAAAUCAAUAGACCGAAGUUCCAUGACCGAGGCACAAUACGAAAGAGCCAAGGCCCGCUACCAGACCGAGAUUCAGCGAUUACUUCGUAAAAUAGACAACCUGAAGCGUGAUGUCGAGGACAGCUAUCGCGAAGAGGUCGAAAAGCUGCGCAACGGUAUGCAAAACUUCAAGAGUGAACUGGACGACAACAUUUCCUUGCUGGAGAAAGAACGCGCCAGAAGUCGAUCCGCGUUUAUUAGACUGUGCAUUGCCAACGUGCGAGCCGGAAGGAUCAGGGAUGCUGCAGAGGACUUCCGUGGGCUGGACGGAUUACCGUACGAGCAUGUGGUGACGGAAGUUUACGAAAAUCAGCCGGAAAAUGCAAACUUGGCGAUGAACUUCUUGGAAGCAAUCGACUUGAAGUUUGAACCAGUGCGCGGCUAUGAAGUGCUGUACGGACUGAUGAAACAAAACAACCAGCUGAACGGUUCGCUGGGACGGCGAUUGCUGAUUCAGUUGCAGGCUCUGGCCAGUGCGGAAGAUGAGAAUUUCAGACGCGCGUCAGCUUUGCUGAAAUCUUACAAAGAGGACGUGCAUGAAUAAUCAAUGGACGAGAUUAAGUUGUACUAAACAUCAUUGUAAUUAAUACUAUUUGUCUACUAUGCAAUUUUAGUUUU